CCCCACGAACCCUCUCUCCCCCCACCCAUCAAUCACCAACGUCAAUGGCUUCAUCGCCGGUUCGAUUAUCUCUUCCCCUCUGUCUUUCUCUGUCUUAGCAAACCAAGUUUCAGAGGGAAAGAAAGAUGCCCAUCUCGAAAUUUUUGUUCUUUGGUUUUGAUUAGGACAAUAUAUAAACUCAUCUUUAUCUGGUAUUUUGUUGGUAGGUUUUGGAUUUGGGCUGAAUUGGGUUUUUGAGAGAAGAUUGAGAGGAGAAGAAAGAUGAGGGAAGAUGAUUCCAAUUGGUUCUCAAGAUGGGAAGAGGAGCUUCCAUCGCCAGAAGAGCUUACGCCCCUCUCACAAACCCUAAUUACUCCUGAUCUCGCUCUUGCUUUUGAUAUCCGAAACUCACACCACCAACAGCAAUCGCAGCCUCCUCCGCAGUCGGGAGGGCUGCAAUCAACUCCUUCGCAGCCCAACUCCGGUGAAUUCGCUGCCGAUUCUGCUGAGUUGGAGUCAGGGUCUGGCGCCGGGGAUGAGCCCGCCCGUACCCUUAAGAGGCCACGGCUUGUGUGGACUCCACAGCUCCAUAAGCGCUUUGUGGAUGCUGUGGCCCAUUUGGGGAUCAAGAAUGCUGUCCCUAAAACAAUAAUGCAGCUUAUGAGUGUAGAUGGGCUUACUAGAGAGAAUGUGGCGAGCCACUUGCAGAAAUACCGUCUGUAUUUGAAGCGGAUGCAGGGAUUAUCUGCAAGUGGUGGCAAUAAUGGAGGUGGAGGAGGCGGUGCUGCUGGUUUGGCCUCGGGCGAUCCUGCUACUGACCGUUUGUUUGCAAGUUCUCCGGUGCCAGCUCACUUUUUGCACCCUGGCCGGCCCAAUUCGGACCAUUUCUUGCCGUUUGUUCCCGUGGCAGCAGUGCAGCACCAUCACCAUCAGCAACAUAUGGCAGCUGCGGUGGCACAUCCACAGUUGCCGGCUCAGUACCAUAGGCCGAUGGGACAUUUUGGGUCUCCGCCCAAUGGACAAUUUGAGCAUCCGUUUUUGGCCAGGCAGACGCAGUCUGUGCAUAGGAUGGGGGCACCAGUGCACAGUCAGGUUCCAGGAUAUAUGGAGGAUUUGGAGUUAGACAAUGCAAAUGGAGGGAGGAAGGUUCUGACUUUGUUUCCAACUGGGGCAGACUGAGUUUGGGCAUGAUGUCACUCUGAGGCAAGAAUGUUCCCAACUGUCUAUGAUAUAUAGUGCUACGAUAUUGUAAUAUUUGGUCAAUCUGGAUUCAUUGGAGGCUAUGCUUUAUCCCACAACAGUGUGGGAAUCGGCUUGUGUCUCUUACACAUCUUAAAGUCUUCUUGCGAGGAGGUUUUUGUUGUUGGCGUUACUGGUGGAGUUGCUAGAUUAACAAACUCUGACAACUUUGAGCUCUCAGGUGAGGAUAAUAACAUGCUGGCAAAGGGAAUUGGUGUCCUGUAGCUAUCGAAUAAAGAGUUGAUUAUCUUUUGUUGGCAGAUUCAGAUCCGAGUUUAAUCUAAUGUCAUUGGAGAUCUAUUCUCUUAUGUUUCUUAGUCUAGUGUUAUAUAGAGGUGAGUUGUACCUGUUGUACAUUGUGUGACUCCAUAGAAGACUUUAAGAACCCAAUGCCAAAGGGAUUCACUGAAAAUCCUGAUGUUGUUAGAAUGUAAUGCACUUUGAACCUUGAAGUAGCUUUACCCUUAAUAAUUUUAUAUGUUGCCUUUUUUUUCCUUUAAUAGACUGUAUGGUUAUGUUAUUAAAUUUUCAAGAGAGGGGAAUCGUACCUUGCA